CGCGAUCUUGCUCUAUGCAGAGUACUAUGUUUUGUACCUAUAACCAUGCCAGUGAACCUUCACCUCCGUGGCCACUGUUUAGAUAAUGACCUUGUCGCAUUGAUGUCUUCGCUUCUUGACAAGGCUGGAGUCCCCAAUCUUCUUUGGGGUAAUUAUCUACUGUCAGUGUAUGGCGUCCCUACAAUUGUUGACGGUGUUGCUUUCGUUGUGCCAGACGUGUUAGUCAACAUAUUUUUCUCUACUCUCUCAGAGGCUGGUUUAUAUUCUUGCACCGAAAGCGCGGAAUUUAUUCAGCUUCCUCCAGCAAUGUUAGGUCGUGGUAGUGGGCGUUUCGCCUCCGAGCAUUCUUUUGUUCAAAUUCCAAGUGCCUCGAGAUACUGUGAAUAUCUGGUGCUUCUGCUUUGUUGUGACAAUGGUACUGAUUGCGCAAGUUACUGGAUGGCGAUGCUAACCUAUACGGUAGAGUUUGUGGAUGAGGUUGGUCUUUUUAACGAGGACAGCUUGGAAGAAGUGUACAGACCAUUUUAUGUUGCUGUAAACUAUGGGGGCUCAGAUAUAUUUAGAGGCGACCGGUGUUCAUACAUAAUGAUUGACUACGAGUAG